AUGCUUCAGUUAUUCUAUUUCUCUGCUAUUAUUGCCUCAGUUAUUUUAAAUUUUGUAGGAAUCAUUAUGAAUCUAUUUAUUAUGGUGGUCAAUUGCAAAACUUGGGUCAAAAGCCAUAGAAUCUCUUCUUCUGAUAGGAUCCUGUUCAGCCUGGGCAUCACCAGGUUUCUUAUGCUGGGACUAUUUCUGGUGAAUACCAUCUUCUUCGUCUCUUCAAAUACGGAAAGGUCAGUCUACCUGUCUGCUUUUUUUGUGUUGUGUUUCAUGUUUUUGGACUCAAGCAGUCUCUGGUUUGUGACCUUGCUCAAUAUCUUGUACUGUGUGAAGAUUACUAACUUCCAACACUCAGUGUUUCUCCUGCUGAAGCAGAAUAUCUCCCCAAAGAUCCCCAGGCUGCUGCUGGCCUGUGUGCUGAUUUCUGCUUUCACCACUUGCCUGUACAUCACUCUUAGCCAGGCAUCACCUUUUCCUGAACUUGUGACUAAGAGAAAUAACACAUCAUUUAAUACCCAUGAAGGCAUCUUGUCUUUAGUGGUUUCUUUGGUCUUGAGCUCAUCUCUCCAGUUCAUCAUUAAUGUGACUUCUGCUUCCUUGCUAAUACACUCCUUGAGGAGACAUAUACAGAAGAUGCAGAAAAAUGCCACUGGUUUCUGGAAUCCCCAGACGGAAGCUCAUGUAGGUGCUAUGAAGCUGAUGAUCUAUUUCCUCAUCCUCUACAUUCCAUAUUCAGUUGCUACACUGGUCCAGUAUCUCCCCUUUUAUGUAGGGAUGGAUAUGGGGACCAAAGCCAUUUGUCUGAUUUUUGCCACCCUUUACUCUCCAGGACAUUCUGUUCUCAUUAUUAUCACACAUCCUAAACUGAAAACAACAGCAAAGAAGAUUCUUUGUUUCAAAAAAUAG